UCCAGAUGUAGCUUCGAUACAUUCACUCCUUCUUGCUAGAUUUUCUGCGCUUCAAUUGAGCGACGAAAACCACACAUCUACAAUGCAGGCAUUAAGGUCAUCCAUUAGGGCAGCCACCCGUGCACCUGCAUGUGGCUUCCAGUUCGCUCGCAACUACUCCGCCGGAAAGACAUACGAGCAUAUUCUCGUCUCGUCACCAAAACCCGGUGUAGGCUUCAUCCAACUGAACCGCCCAAAAGCCCUCAACGCCCUCUGCACACCGCUCAUCCUCGAGCUCAAUGCCGCUCUCCGUGACUAUCAAGCCGACAAGUCCAUCGGCGCCAUCGUCCUUACUGGCUCAGACCGUGCCUUCGCCGCUGGCGCCGAUAUCAAAGAAAUGAAGGACCUCACCUUUAGCACCUCCUACGGGAACGACUUCAUCGAGAACUGGUCCGAGCUCGUCACCUUCCUCAAGAAACCCCUCAUCGCGGCAGUCAACGGCUACGCCCUCGGCGGUGGCUGCGAGCUCGCUAUGAUGACCGACAUCAUCUACGCCGGUCCUAAGGCUACCUUCGGACAACCUGAGAUAAAACUCGGCACCAUCCCCGGCGGUGGAGGUAGCCAGCGCCUCACCCGCGCCAUCGGGAAGUCACGCGCUAUGGAGAUCAUCCUCACAGGGGACAACAUCAGCGCAAAGCAGGCCGGCGAGUGGGGUCUUGCGGCACGUGUGUUCGAUACGCCUGAGGAGACAAUUGAGGCAGCCCUCACGACUGCGGAGAAAAUCGCGAGUUACAGCCAGAUUGCAGUCAAGGCGUGCAAGGAGGUUGUGAACAAGAGUCAGGAGCUCGGCGUGCGGGACGGCGUGGAGUUUGAGCGGCGGAUAUUCCACGGGCUGUUUGGAAGCAAGGACCAGACGAUUGGGAUGACGGCAUUUGCAGAGAAGAAGAAGCCCGAGUGGAUAAACGAGUAGUGCGGUUACGUGAAGAGACGGGACAGUGGAAAAGUUGAAGUUGAAAUUAUCGGUACUUGCUCAUGAAAUUAUGUAGGAGGCCGUAUAAACCCGCAAAUCCCACUACAUAUCUAGUAUACACCAGCCUUCGACUUUUCCCAGCCAGAGAGGCAUUAUGCGCAGGCGCAGGCCACCAUCCAGACCACACACCGGGUAUCCAAUCCAAUCUAUGUACGAGAAACAAAACGCUAAAUGACAGAUACUUCCUCU